CACUGCUACUACUGCUUCUACUUCUUCUACUACCACCACCUUCUUACUUCUCUUUCACUCUGGUCCCUUAUCAAACUCUAACUAGCUCCAUCAAAACCUCUCUCUCUCUCUCUAGAUUUUGGUUUUUCUACUUCUUGUUCUUGCUGUAGCUGAACCUUCCCUUUCUUCUUGUUCUGUUUCAUUUGUUGUUUCUUGUGUUGGCAAUGAUGGAUACUGAAGAUCAAAGAAAAACUCACACUCCAGGGCAUGAGAGUCAUGGAGUUCAUCUCUGUCACAAAUGUGGAUGGCCUUUCCCGAAUCCACAUCCAAGUGCCAAGCACAGGCGUGCUCACAAGAAGAUCUGUGGAACCAUUGAAGGUUACAAGCUGUGUUCCUCCGAGGAACAAUCUCGCUCAAACGGCUCAGAUGAUGGACAUGGUUCUGAUGAUGAUAAAAAAUCCCCAGGUCCAGAGGUCUUGAAUAUAGGCAACAAGGAGAAGGAUGAUAGUGGAAUUGGAGAUAAAGUAAAUAGAUCAGAAGAUGAGGUGUUUUCAGAUGCAGUUGCAGACUUUUCAGAUAGUCAAGGAGUUAAGGAAUCUUUGCAGGAAGGUAGUUUGGACUCAAGUACCAGUGUGGAACGGGACGGCAAAGAUGAUCCAAAAUUUUCAGGGUCUUCCAAGGACAGUGAUUUUAAUGAUGCGGUUGAGAGUCAGUUGACUUUUGAGUCAAAGGAUGGCUGUCAAAAUCAGCACACUAAAAUUUUGCAAGGUGAAAGGGUUGAAGAGGAAAACUUACCAGAAUUGCAAGAUCAAUUGUCAGGAUCCACUGCGACACCAUUAGCUGAUUCCAUUGCAGAUUUACGAGCCGAAGAAUCAGCUGUUGUCCAUAGUAAGGAUAUCUUUGGCUUGUCAACUGAAUCACAUCCCAGCAAACCUGAAGCUGUGCCGGAUUUGUUGCCUGAAAAUACAGUCAAUGCCGGUGAAAAUGUGACAGAUUGCAAUAUGAGAUCUGCUGUAUUGGAUACUAUUUCGGAAGGAAAGGAUGAGGUUAACCUCAUAGUCAGUGAUUCUACUUCCUUUGGUUUGUCAUCCGAAUCACGUCCUGAAAAAGCUGAAGCCAUGCCAGAUGUAUUGCCUAAAAAUGAUGUCCAAGCUGGUGAAAAUGUGACAGAUUUCAGUCUGACAUCUGCUGCAUUGGAUACUAAUUCGAAAGGGAAGGACAAGAUGAGGUCUGAUCAGGAUGAAGUUGAAAUUAUAGCCCCUUCUGAUGCUGUUGUGGGUGAAACAUGUGAAGGAGGGUCUAAAAUGGCAGUUAAGGAUGCAAUGAAUGUUGGCUCGUCAACUGUAUCAGAUCCCCACAAAGCUGAAGUGAUGCCAGAUGUAUUGCCUGAAAAUAAGAUAUAUGCUGAUGAAAAUGUGAGAGAUUGCGUUUUUACAUCUGAAUUGGGGUCUAGUUUGAAGGGAAAGAAUGAGAUCAAAACAGAUGUUGAAGAAGUUGAAAUUAUAGUCCCUUCCAAUACUGGUGUUGGUGAAAAUGAAGACAACUCUGCAAUAUCAGUUAGAGAUGCUGAUGCAGUUAACUUGGAUCCUCAAGUGGCUGGUGGAGCUGUUAAUCUGAAGGAAAAAGACAGUGCCGAGUUCCCUUCUGUGCUUGGCCAAGAUGAUUCCCCACUUGGUUCAAAUUCUGUUGUAAUAACAAAUGCUUCUAUACGUGAUGUACAGUUAGAGUCUGCUCAUGUUCAGUUUUCUAAUUCUAGUGAUGCUCAGACUUUGCUGGAAAAGGAAGAAGAAACUACUAAUUCUAAUAUCCUUCCUACAAGUGUUGAUAGAACUGAAGUAUCACCAUCACAAGGUGAGUAUGAAGAUCUUGAAAGGGUAUCUCGAGAUCUUUCAGGCCUAGAUUUGUCUGACCAAAACAAUGAAGUUACUGAGGAAAAUAGUUUUACUUUUAACCCAAGCCAAUUGACUGGGAAAAACUAUGCCUCUCCAGAUGUGCAUGUUAUUGAUAGCUUGGGUAUUAUGAACAAGGAACUGGUCAAAAGUGAGCCUGUGGCUGAAGACAUGCACAUUGAGGAGCACACUGAAGUUUCUCCAGACAAACUUACCGUUGAAGGUUCUCAAAUGUCAGAAGAAAUUGAUUUGUCUUUGAAUGAGAGGAAUGAGAGCAAUAUGGUUCACUUUUCUGUAGAGCAAGGACCCGUUGAUGUUGAAAAUUCGCAGCAGAUAAGCUUAGAAAGUAUCUCAGUGCCCUCAUUAAAUGAAAGUCUGGGUAACAAAUCCUUCGGUGCUGAAACCAGUGAAACUAGUGUAAUCAGCAUAGACAACACAAGUCAUCAUGAAGAAACUAAAAUAAUUGGUGUAGCUGUAAAUGGAAUGGAUGAAGGAGCUAACUUGGAAGAUGAUCUCAACCAGACUGACAUGUUAUUGGAAGUCAACCAAUCAAGUGACUUAUCCAAGAAUGGGCAUGCUGGUGAAAUUGAUAAAACUACUCGUGAUCUAUGUGGGGAACCUGCUAGCAAUCAGGAGAAAAGACCGGUUAUUUCAGAUUAUGUAAUCGAUGAGCCCACAGGAAAGUCAAUGGUCAUAGAGUGCAAAGAUAUAGAUCCUAAAUCAGAAACCCAGGAAGAUGUCAGAGAACAUGAGGAAUGCAAUAAAUCUGUUGGUACUUCUUCUGAAUCACAUCCAGCACAGGAUGAAGGACUAUUACUGAAGGCCACAGAAGAUGUUGGGAAGCAUUCAUCACUGCCUACUAUAAAUUCUGAGCCAGCUGCUCAGAAUGAUUCUUCUGUUAAACAUGAUCAAGGUGGUCAGCCUGGCAAGGAAAUUUCUGGGGUUUCUGCGACGCCUGUUCAAGAUCAAAGUGGUAAUGACAUGGUUAAACAUAUUUCAUCUGGAAUCGAUGCUUCAGUUUACUCCAGUAGCCGGUGUGACAGUUUGGAAGCCAAUUGGGGAUCUGUUUCAGUUCUCUCAAUGCAAUCUGAUGCACAUGCUAUUAUUGAUACUGAAACUUCACCAUCAACAGAAGUGGGGAAAUCCAACUUGAUCAAUUCAAAAGCUACGUCUGAGAAACAGCCGUCUGGAAAAUCAGAAAUGUUUGAAGCACCAUCUUUCAUGACAUUGGUAGAACCUAGGGAUGCCACUAGCCAUAAAGCACCUGCAUCUGAAGACCAAAAGGGGAAGAAUUCGAGUUCCACUUUGCAGGCUGGUUGGUUUACCUCUCAAACUCAGGUCAUGAAUGAGUCUCAAGCAAGAAACAAGAAUGAAGAGAUAAUAGCAAAGGUGACAAACUGGAGCACCCCUAAGGAGCACACCCCUCUGAAGAGCCUCUUAGGUGAGGCUGCUCACAGCCACAGCCCAAGUUCUCCAAAAUUGGAAGAAAACUUGGCAAGCAGAAAGAAUGGUAAACUUCCACAAAACAAUGGUUCUGGAUUGACAACUGUUAACUCCAUUCUAGGUCCUGAAUCGCCUUCAGCUCAAGCUCUGAUAAACGACGCUGCAAAAGAAUGGAACUCACCGGCAAGAUAUCCUGCGGAAAUGAAGAGGGAAAAGAGGAAAGCCAAGAGCAGACCAUAUUGGAUACAAUUAGUAUGUUGCUCAUCAGUGGAUCUUCAGAGAAGGCAAAAAACUGCCAUAUGAUGGUUAUGGUUAUAGUUAUAGUUAUAGUUAUAGUUAUUUUCAUGCUAUUUGGGGUCUUGUCUGCUUCUAGAGUUGAGAUACAUAUUUUGAUCAUGCGUCUCAUUCUAUUGAACUGGGUAGCCUCCUAGAAGUUUGGUUGUAUAUUUGAAGCAUGUUCAGUUGCCAUUACUGUUUAUGUUAUUUUAAUGUAUCAUUAUCAUGGCUUUGGUGCCUUGUUAUAUAUUGAAAAUUAAGAAAACGUUGUGAUC